CUUUUGUCCCCUCCCUCGUCUCCUCCCCCCCCCUCGCUCCGAAGAGCGGCCGGAGUAGCUGUGUGUGAGAGGAAGAUAGAGGGAGAGAGAGGAGUUGUGUCGGCGGCGCGCGCGAGCCUCGAGUCGGGAGCGCGCGCCUCCGGCAGGCCAGGCGAAAGCAAAGGAAAGGAAAGCGAAGGGAGGCCGGUGGCGGAGUGAUCCAGGCGUGCGGGUGCUGCGGCCGGGCCGGGUGAAUGGGAUUGAAGAAGAGUUCAGCUUCUCGGCUUGUUUUUGUGUCACAGUUUCUCUUCUCCUGCGCCUCUUCUGCCUCGUUCCUUUCUUCCUGCCCGCCCCCUCCUCCCUGCUGCAGGAGGAGCCCCCCGGGGAGAGGGGAAGGAACAGGACCCCUCAGAGGAGAGGGAGAAGAGGAAAAGCAGGAGCAGGAGGAGGAGGAGGAGGUGGAGGAAAAGGGAGCAACCAGCCAACCAACCAUCUUCCACUCCCAGCUUAGAUUAAAGAAAGUGAGAGGAGGAGGAGGAGGAGGCGAGGAGAGGAGCCGAGAAGAGGGGGACAGGGAGGCCCGGAGGAGCAGCUGCACCACCUUCUUCUCCCUAUGAAGAGGAGUCUCCCCCCCUCCAAGAGAGGUCCUGCCAGGGGGGGCCCGGCCAGACAGCGGCGGCAGCGGCGGCAGCAGCAACAUCACCACCACCAGCAGGGGGGGCAACAGAGCUGAAGAGAAUACUUGUUUUCCAAAACUGCUGCAGCAUAAAGAACAGAAUAUUUCCUUUACUCUGAAGCAAGUGUCUGAAGGUGGUGGGGAUUUAGUAACCUCAGCAGCUCAAGAAAGUGGAGAAGGUAGAGAAUGGAGUUGCAGACUCUACAGGAGGCUCUGAAAGUGGAAAUUCAGGUUCACCAGAAACUGGUUGCCCAAAUGAAGCAGGAUCCACAGAAUGCUGAUCUGAAGAAGCAGCUUCAUGAACUCCAAGCCAAAAUCACAGCUUUGAGUGAGAAACAGAAAAGAGUGGUUGAACAGUUGCGGAAGAAUUUGAUGGUAAAGCAGGAACAGCCGGACAGUAAGUUUCAAAUACAACCAUUGGCACAGUCAGAAAAUAAAAUACAAACUCCACAGCCACUACAGCUACAGCAGCAGCAAACUACUGCAGCCUCUGCAAACCUGCUUGGAUCACAGACGGUAACUACAGCUUCUAUGAUCACCACUAAGACACUACCUCUUGUCCUGAAAGCAGCAACAGCAACCAUGCCUGCCUCUGUUGUGGGUCCAAGACCUACAAUUGCCAUGGUGACUGCCAUCAAUAGCAACCAGAAAACUGUCCUUAGCACUGAUGCACAGAACACGCCAGUCAACCUCCAGACAACAAAUAAAGUCACUGGUCCAGGAACAGAGGCAGUUCAAAUAGUGGCAAAAAAUACAGUCACAUUGCAGGUUCAAGCUACACCUCCUCAGCCCAUCAAAGUGCCACAGUUCAUCCCUCCUCCCAGACUCACACCUCGCCCAAAUUUUCUUCCACAGGUUCGACCUAAACCUGUUGCCCAGAACAACAUUCCUAUCGCCCCAGCCCCACCUCCUCCUAUGCUCGCCGCUCCUCAGCUUAUUCAGAGGCCUGUGAUGCUGACAACAAAAUUCACACCCACCUCCUUACCUUCCUCUCAGAAUUCCAUACACCCAGUCCGUGUAGUGAAUGGGCAAACAGCAACCAUAGCCAAAACUUUUCCAAUGGCACAACUCACCAGCAUUGUUAUAGCAGCCCCAGGUACCAGGCUUGCUGGACCUCAGACUCUACAAAUCAGCAAACCAAAUGUUGAGAAACAGACUAUCAAACCCCAAGCGGAAACAGAGGAGAAGCCAACAGAGAUUCAUACAGUUGCUCCUCCUGCACCACCCAAACCAAAACGAGAAGAAAACCCACAGAAACUUGCCUUCAUGGUGUCUCUUGGACUGGUUACACAUGACCAUCUAGAAGAAAUACAAAGUAAGCGACAAGAAAGGAAACGAAGGACAACAGCAAAUCCAGUGUACAGCGGAGCUGUCUUUGAGCCUGAGCGCAAGAAGAGCGCAGUCACAUACCUGAACAGCACAAUGCAUCCUGGGACACGUAAACGAGGUCGUCCACCUAAAUACAACACGGUGCUGGGGUUUGGGGCUCUGACCCCCACAUCCCCUCUGUCCAGUCAUCCUGACUCCCCUGAAAAUGAAAAGACAGAGACCACAUUUUCUUUCCCCGCAACUGUUCAUCCUGUGUCCCUGCCCAGCCCCAGCUCCACAGACGGUGAUAUCCAUGAAGAUUUUUGCAGUGUUUGCAGGAAAAGUGGGCAGUUGCUGAUGUGUGACACGUGCUCACGUGUGUAUCACUUGGACUGUCUGGACCCACCUCUGAAAACUAUUCCCAAGGGCAUGUGGAUCUGUCCCAAAUGUCAAGACCAGAUGCUAAAGAAAGAAGAAGCAAUCCCGUGGCCAGGAACUUUAGCAAUUGUUCAUUCAUAUAUUGCAUACAAAGCAGCAAAAGAAGAGGAAAAACAGAAAUUACUGAAAUGGAGUUCAGAUUUAAAACAGGAAAGGGAGCAACUAGAACAGAAAGUCAAACAGCUCAGCAAUUCUAUAACAAAAUGUAUGGAAAUGAAGAACACCAUCCUGGCAAAACAGAAGGAAAUGCACAGUUCAUUGGAGAAGGUAAAACAGUUAAUUCGCCUCAUCCAGGGCAUCAACCUUUCAAAACCCAUAAACUCUGAGGGCAGUUCCGUCGCCAUCUCCAACGGCAUGGACUCCACCAAUAACGCAAAGGCUGCCACCUCCACCCCAGCCUCUUCCCCCUCCCAGAGCUGCAUGGUGAACUGUACCAAGGGCGACGAGACUAAAUAACAUAGCACAGGAAGAAGGAGCCGGGGGAGAUGGCGGCAAGGCAGAAGAGCAAAACAAAUAAACUCUAGAAAAGAAAAGCUGGAUUUCUUCUGGAAAGCGCAGAACUCUUUGGUUCCAGAAAGAGCGCGAAGAGGCUUUGUGCCAGGCGGCACCAGAGUUGCCAAUCGAUCCUCCUUAUUCUGUGUGUACGUGCAAAGUUUGGACCAUGUUACAUGAAUAGUGCCAGCUGGAGGUUCUUUGCCAGCACCAUGCCAAGUUAAAUAAUAUAUUUACUCUUUCUCUCUCUCUCUUUCUCUCUUUUACACCAGUGUGUGCCUGCAGCAGCCUCCACAGCCACUCUAGGUUUGUUUUGUUUUUGUUUUUAUUUGGGGGUGGGGAGCAGGGAGGAGGAGCAGGUUUCAAAUCUUAUCUGCAGACCAGUUUGUUUAGCUAAGGAAACUUCAAGUCCAAAGAGCCUGUGGGCUUUUCCUGUUUCUGAAUUAUCCGUACUACUAAACCAAAAAUCCAGAAAUAUGAAUUAACAAGUCCUAGGGUCCAGAGGGGUGGGGUGGUGGGAGUGGGGACCAAGCCUAUCCAAUAAGCAGUAUUCACUAUUGUUUUGACAGGAGAGACAAAAAGGAAUGGGGAAGGGUUUUUCACUAAGUAUCUAGUGCACACUCAGGCUGGGGAUUACUAGAUUGGCAGCUUUGGGUUUAUCCUCUUUUUUUUCCAAAUAGACAAGUGAAAUAAAUUGCUGGUUUGGGCAUCACAUUGGCCCAGGAAGCUUUUGCUGAGGAAGAGGAGAAGGGAUGGGGACUAAUAUAAUCAGCCUGGGGUUUCAGAAAAGCGGGUCACGACUGAAAUGAAAAUUACAACUUUUUUUUUGUACACUUGUCAAGCAAAAGCGAUAUUCCAAACAGUACAGCACAUGUCCCAAACAUAUGGCCCAAAUAGUAAAAGAAAAGAAAAAAUUAAAAUGCCUGUUUCCUUUGUUUCCUUUCUCUUUUGGUUACAAAUGUAAGGAAUAGAAAAGCUGUUUUUUUCAGGCUGACAGUCCAAUUAAAGAGGUAGAUGGGACCUUGCAUGGUAUAGAUUAGAAGUAAUAGUGUCAGUGAGAUACAGUGAGUCUUUGUGAGUCCGUGUGUCAUCGUUUUGGGCACUGUUUUUUAUGCAAGGGCGAAAUCUUUGUAUCUGGGGGAAAAACAACUUUUUUAAAUUAAAAAAGAAAAAAGAUAUUGAGGUCUUCCUAGUGUUACUUAAAAAUAAGAUCAAGGUAAGAAACAUUGUAAAAAUUACAAAAGUGCUAUUUGUUUCCUAAACAAGUGAUUUCUAUUAAAAAGGUGUCAGAACUGGAGAAAAUGCUGUGUACUUAGAAUUUUUUAACAGAGGUUUUGCUUAUGAUGUUGCCAUUUUGCUGUGUUUCUGUUUGAAAAAUGCCUUGGGGGUGAGUGUCAAGAGAUUGUCAUGCCACUCAAAUAGCCUGCAAGGUUGAACUGCAUCCAAUCUGCAAACCUUCCUCCAACUGGUGGAAUCUCUCCUCUGUUAAGCUCUCCUAAUUAACUCUUGUGCAUUGGCAUUUUAAAAUCUUUGUCAUUAUAGCACCUAGAUUAUAGGGAGAACGUGGAGACAAAGGAGUUUAGCGUUGAGGUCUGACUCUGCUUAGCACAGCUUGUCUGUCUUCUGAAGCAAAUUGUCGCAGUAAUUUCAUGCUAUUAAAAUGCUGGUGCUGGACAUGAGAUGAGCGAGUCUGAAAUAGCCACCUUUGCAUAGACAAGUGCAAACGGCCAAUAUUUCAUACCCUUUCACGUCCACGGCAGCACUCACGUUGGCGUAAGUCAUGGCAGUCAGCCCGGGUCCAUGUUAGAAAGUCUCUCCUCUGUCAGACAGCCAGUGAUGGUGCUGCUGUGCUUUCACUAUUCUGUGUUGAAGAACUAUGCAUCCUAAUGCACUUUAUUUACAUAAUCAUCUGAAUUUUGUUCCUGCCACUAAUUGUUUGUGGCGGUUUCUUUACUUCUAGCCUCCAAUCUUGUCCCUCGAGGACUCCUCAGUGACACUCAGUUAUGCUCACGGUCUAGCAGCUGAUCUUUUAUCACUAUACAUAUCAGUGAAGAGCAAGGACAAUUUGUGUCAAAUAGCCUUAGCUUUACGUUUGAAAAAGAUCAGGCCUUACCAUUUGACUUUUGAUACUCCGUAGUGAAGUUGGCAGCUUUCUAAGUACCUGGUGUUAUUAGCAAGUAAAGCCAGAAGGCAGCCAAUCAGGAAAAUUGCUCAGAGGAAAUAACACUUUUUAUAGCAAUACACAGAGCAAAGUAUCAUGUUUGAGGGGGCAUGUUUGAGAGACCUUUUCGUCUUGUGACCUGCCAAGACAAAUGUAGCCCGUCAGAUAAAUCUCCUGGUUUUGCCUGCCUAGGAGUACAGCAAACAAGCAACCGUGUGUGUUGGGUGGGUUUGCAUUCGACUUGAUGGGUCACGCAAUUUGCAAACCUACAUUUAGAUAUUCUGAGUGUAAUGGGUGAAAAAUAGACAAGUCCUCAUAUUUCAGGCCAGAAGCUGGCUUUCCAGCAGCAAGGAACAGGAGGAAGCCAAUUACCCUCUUCUGGUUGAGAAAUUGGUGUUGGCUGUUGACAGAGGCAGGCGAAUGGGAUUUGAUUUCAGCUGUUCCCAUGUUCAUGUGGCCCUUCCUUCCCCUCACCAAACAGACUUGCCAUCCUUGUAUUCUUUUCCCUUAAAGCCAUGGGUUCGUUCAGAAUGGCCACACAUGCAUGAAUUUGGGCAAUGGCCACCAUGCCCUCUUAGCCUAUGAUGUAAGGUGCAGGGAGUGCAGAACUAUUCGCUUUAUCUUAAACAUGGAACAGGUGCCAAAAAUAGUGAUCUUGUGUUGAAUUCUCUGCCUCCUUUGUGUCUUGCUAACCCUGCAGUGUCAUCAGGCCAUGAAAAGUUGUACCACACAGUGCAGAGAGGGAAGACGAGAGCGCAGUGCAAGGCUGUUGUUAGGGGAAGGGGAAGAGAGUCAUGUGUUGAUCUGCCCUGAGGAAGGGGCAUUUGUUUGCUACCUUCCACUUUUAAGCAAUUUAAAAACUGUGCCUCAGCAAAGUAGUAUUAAUAACAUGCUAUCUUUAUGCCCCCACGUUGGGGCUGACAGUUAGCCCCUGGUACUUUCUGAAGGUAAAACAAUUUAUUAUACUAAGGUCUCCCAUGUGUUGAAACGGUGCUUUGGAUUUAGCUGUGGGUGGGUUUUUUGGGGGGGAGGGGUUACUUUACAUUUGGCCUCUCUUGACUAGUGACAUCUGUAAUAUAACUUUGCUGCAGCACUGGAGUGAUGAGCUAGUUUAAAGUAAAGAGCAGCAAGGUACUCUUGUGAAUCUUUAAUUUUGUCAUUCUUCUGAUUUUGUGUGUACUUCUCUCCUUGCCCCUUCUCCCCCGCCUCGCUGGCGUCUCCUGGCCUGGAAAUGCCACCAGCUAAGUUUGAGGAAUUUGGCUUCUUGAAAAUAUAGCAAAAGGAGAAAAUAAAUUCUGGGCAUGUUUUGUCUGGCUGUGCAGAAAGAUCCUUGCUUGGGUAGCAGAUGUGUCAGAUUUCCUUUUGCCUUGAGAAAAUGUAGGGGAACCACAGUAUCUUUGUUCAUCAGGGUAACAAGUUUAUCACCCUGAUUUUCUUAGAAUUCAGAAACAUAAUUAGCACUAUGAGAGGACAGUGUUCUGCACCUGAAGGCUAGAUCCUGGCUAGUUGCUUGCAUGCAGAUGGCAUUGCCUAUUUACGGUACAUCCUACUCCUAAACAUUCUGCAGGAGUUGCCUGCUGCUGCCUUGGCUCAUUUGUCGUACGCUGUGUGAACGUCGGUGUGUACGCUCACGUGCUGGUGCAGCAAAGUCCAGAGAGUACCCAUCCAUAUUUGAGGAUGCAGUUGUGAGUUUUUAUUUGCUUAUUUGCAAUUGAAAAUGGAAAGAAUGGAUUGUGUGGUCAGACUCCAUUAGUAGUUGUAAGGUGGAACCUAUUUGACCUUGUGACUUUUCUGACGCUAAAGAAGUCUUGUACCAGAUUUACAUCUUUUUUUUAUUUUUUACUAAAGAGGCACUGUCACAAGAAUAACUACAGCUUCCUAGUUGUUGGGAAAUUGCAUCAAGCAUAGCCCAUGCAUUUGUGAUUGGAAAAUACAAAUUAGAAGAUGAUAGGCAGUAAAGUACUUGUGCAAAAACAACAUUUCUCUCAUUCGGCCCAACUAUCCAAGUCUGACCAUUGUUUAUCUAACCUUUUAAUUUCCCCUAAAAUGUGACUACGUUUCAUGACACACACACACCCAGCCCCAGCACUGUACCAUUGCUAUUUUAGUUUGGUGCCCUUGGUCAAUCCAGCAAUGCAGUGUGCAGCUAACAGUGUCCCCAGUCAAACAGGUUUGCAAAUGCAGCUAUUUCCUGUGUCCCACACACUGCUAAGUAUAAGGGGGAAGUCCCAUAGUUGUGUCUGGGUCCAGGGUCAGCAGAAAUGCCUACCCCCCUCCCCCCAAAAAAGUUUAGGCGGCUUUUUUUACUUGUUUUCUAAUAUGUAUGCAGCUUAGAACAAUGCUUAAUUAUGUGAUAAAUCCCGGUGUAACCCUCUCCAAAUGACAUUGCAGGUCACAAAAACAGAAAGGCCUAAACUCAGUGACAAUUACAGCAUCUAAUUUCCUUCCCAUCAGCUGAGGAUAAGAAGCCUCUUUGUUAUGUGGUCUAUAAUUUUGCCCAGGUGCUGAGUGUUUCUUUAUGUGACCAAGAAUGGACAACAGCAAACAUUCCCAGGUGAAGCUGUCAUUAUCUACAUCAGUGUUGGCAGCUUUUAGAAAUGGCUCUGCACAGCGCCUCCAUUUUUAUUGUGGUUGGAAUAAAUAGUUAUUGACCCUGGCGUUUAUCACCCCCCUUCCCCUAGCACAUGCUCCGCUUGAGUUUAGCCAGGGCUCCCUUUGCAGCUCAGUUACGUGAGCCUAGAGGGUGAGUGUUGAGUCCACCAUCCACCACACACACACACCCCAGCUAUGAGCACUGUAGCUGCAUCCCAAUCUGCUGGGGAGUCUGCUCACUCCACAGUGCCACAUCUGUACAUCCCCACAAUGAAGGAAGAAGCCUUGUUGAGAGAACGUGCUUUAGCAAGGAUUGGGCUAAGCUGGUCCUUCUCUCUUCCUAUGGGAUUGAACAACAGCUGGGGUCUUCACACCCUUGCUGGUUGCAUUGGAGUCUUUCACUAGUACACCAAAUGAAAAGUCCUAUUAGUGCCAAUUUACAUUAUGAACAACAGGCCUGUGAGAAGUGAACCAAGACUAAGAAUGGUCAUUAUCAAUGAAGUUUUAUCUUGAAAUUGUAUGUCAGUUUGGUCAGAUCCGAACUAGCAAAUACUGCAUAGUUCUUAGCUUUUCUACUGUCAAGUCCAAGUGGUUUGUUGGAUGUUACACUCACCUGUGGCUUAUGUUGUAGUUUCAUUCCAUUCUUCGGUAGUAGAGGAAACGGCAGUUGGCUGCUUACGAGCCAACUAUCCCAUCUGUGUCUCAAGACCAUUGUUGAAGCCAGAAUAUUUCUAGUAACUGGAAUAAGGACUCUUUGAAAUAAGCGGUCUGUGAAAGAGGCCAUGACGCUAAAAGGAAGUUCACAGCCUUUGUUUUUAAGGCAGUGGGUUUCUAAACCCUCCUUCCCCAUGUACACUGAUAUAUUGAUUCAUACAUAGCCAGCAUCCUCCCAUCUCUUCUUCUCCUGAUGUUUGUGCCAGAUAAACUCAACCUCACUCGUGCUGCCUCUGCAUCCAUCCUGAGUUCCCAUACCUUUAAGUUAACUGGGCACAAUAUUGCUUUCACAGAUCAACACCCUGUGAAUGUUAUAUGGAUGCAUGACUUCUGUUGGUUAGGUGGGUUUCUUUUUUGUUAAGUUUUUCUUUUUCUUUUUUUUAAAGAAAUUGAAUAGCCUGGUGCUCAUAGUGAUUUGCAGUCUCUUUGCUGCCUUCUUUUCUGUAGCCUUCCAGUCCCUUGUGGGUUUGGUACAAUUGUGUCUAGAUUUUAGUCUAUUAAGGUGGGAAGAAAAAGAAGGGGUCCAGAAUAAACGAUCAAUUUGUAUUUAUUUAACAUUUUACUAAAUAAAAAUAUGAAAUCUAUUGUC